AAUACUGUGGUAUAAUGGCUUCAGCUACAAACACUACAAUUUAUAUAGAGUCUGCGUCAGUCAGUGGUAUAUCAGUUGGAAGUGCAACUAUAAAACCUGGACAGACGUUUAAAUUGGUUCUUGAUUAUUUGGAAGGCUUUAACAUCAAUACAAAUGCCAAAUUGACUGGAACAAAAAUUUCUGCAAACAAACAGAUUGUCGUUGUAUCAGGAAAUAACCAUGUUUAUUUUAAAGAAGACCGCAGAUGUGAAGAAUUUUGUGACUAUGUCUCGGAUUCAGUCUACGAAAGUCUGAUUUCUGCUGAUAAAUGGAGUCACAAUUUUAUCAUACCGCUAUUUCAUUCGGCGUCCAGUAUCAGAAUCAGAAUCGUAAGCCAAAAUAAAAAUACCACCACAAACAUAAAGGCUGUUUCAUCAGGUUCAAUGACUCUUCAUGGAGAUAACAUAGAGGUAGAUUUAUCUGCCAAGUCCUAUUACGUAUCUGCAUCCCAUCCGAUCCUUCUGUCUAUGUAUAUAAUAUUUAAAAAUACAGGUAUGGCCAUGUCGAUUGUUCCGGGAAUAGAUCAUUUUUCAAAAGAGUAUGUGAUUGCACCACCUAAGUUUCUGUCAUACACAAAUUACAUAUCGAUCAUAAUAAGAUCAUCAGACGUCGACGGACUUCGAUUUGUUGGUAACCUUUUAACUGUAGAAUCUACUGUAAUAAUGGCACGUAACGAAAGUUAUACCAUUGUUAUUAAAAAAAUGGCUGGUCUUUCAGUUUACAAAAUACGUCAUGUGUCAACGGCUGCAUUAUAUGGAGUUAUUGUUUAUGGAUUCUAUGGAAGGACAGCUUAUGGAUAUCCAGCAGGAUUCAGAUUAUAA